CUCAGACUCUACAAGGUAAUGAGGGAUGAAGCAGAGACCCUGAAGCCCUCAGACCCCGACAGCUACACACAGACGGACAGACGGGCAGAGAAACAGACGACAUACAGAGGAAUAUCACAGAGUUUGAAAUGACGUGGCGUGAGGAGCUACGCAGUCGGCAGUUCUGGCUCGCCAUAGUUGCAGAGUUGCUCGGCACCCUGAUUUUAGUGAGCGCUGUGCUGGGUGCCUCUGUGCCAGGCCCUGGAGAGGGCCCCAUGGGACCCCUGUACCCUGCAGUGGCAGUGGGGGUGGUGGUUGUUGCACUGGGACACUGUUUUGGAGAAAUAAGCGGGGCACAGGUGAACCCUGCAGUGACUCUGGCUCUGUUGACCACUCGGAGGCUGGAUGUCCUCAGGGCCGCUCUUUAUGUGGCUGCACAGUGUUUGGGGGCCUCUUUAGGAGCCGGGGCCCUCUACCUGGCCCUGCCGGUCAAAAGCACUGCAGACCACUUCGUCAACAAGGUUCCCAUGGAGCUGAAUGCAGCUCAGGCUUUGGGCAUCGAGGUGUUGUGCACCUUCCAGCUGGUCUUCACUGUGUUCUCAGUGGAGGAUCAGCGGCGGAGGGAAAGCCCAGAACCAGGAAACCUGGCCAUUGGAUUAGCACACACUGCUGGAGUGCUGAUAGGGGCGCGGUUUUCCAGUGCUAGCAUGAACCCUGCACGUACUCUGGGUCCGGCCAUCAUCACUGGCUUCUGGGAACACCACUGGGUUUACUGGCUCGGCCCAGCGAUAGGUGCUAUACUGGCUGGAGUGUCCCACGAGUUCUUCUUCGCUCGCAGCGCCUCUCGUCAGAAGCUGGUGGCGUGUCUGACCUGUAGGGACAUUGGGAUUGUGGAGACGGCCAGCAUGACGGGAUCAUCUCUGUCCACGGUCACACAGAACGCCAUGAGAGCCAAGCAGGCCAACAAACAAGAAAACAACUGAGGACACGUGCAUGAAAAAAACACAUAGAAACUCAUUCUGCAGCAUCACAGUGAUUGUUAUGGACGCGCAUAGUAUGCAGCUCAUCAGUCGUGUAGAUCAGGCUCGACAGAGACAGGCUUAUACAGUAGCUGCCAAAGGUCUUAUGUGAAAAUGGAUCACAUACAUUGAUCAGUGUUAUUGUUUUAAUUUUUAAAGCACGUUAAUAUGAAAUCUCUCCAGUGAUAAAGAAAAACUAAAAAUCCUUUACGUAACUGAAAGUAGAAACACCUCAAGAGAAAAUUUAACAGGUGGGAGAGCAGUUGAGCAGUUGUCUCUUAAUGGUAAGACUGAAGGUUUGAUUCCCCAGCUCUACCUGUUGAAGUGUCUUAGAGCAAAACACUGAACCCCAAAUGCAUCCCAAUGUGAUUAAUCUAAUGUGUAUGUCAUAAAUUAAUGUAUUGUUUCUAUAGGUCAGAAAGUUGUGAGAAAGGGCUGUUAUAAUUUCCUAGAGCCACAGAUGAAGUAUUUAAAUGUCUUUUUUUGGAUGACUAACACUUUAAAGUCACAAGAAUAUCCAGUUUAUGAUAUAAAACACAUUUUAGAGGCUGUUUGGCCAUUUAUCAAUAAUUAAUAAUUAAAAGAGUUGCAGUUAAUAGCCUACAGAAUUAUAUUAUUGAUGCAGUAAUAUCCAUAAUGAAAAUCCCCAAAAUUGGAGACACCAGAUUUUACACCUGAUGAAAAACCAGAUAUGUUCAGUGCUGAAACAUUGCAUCCUCUGCUUUAGAUAUUGUGGAUUAGUGGAGAAGAUGCAGAAGGUCACACAAAAUGGAAAUACUUUACCAAAUAAACGUACCUGAAAACUUGGUUAAAAUUGAUCCGUUACUUAUGGGAGUAAACACAAAUAAUUCAAAAUGCUGGUCACUGUGGCCACAACUGGUCUUUAAGUGAUGCUGAUAUCUGCUAAAAUGAAUACCAGUGGCACAAGCAGAGAAGAGUUAUAAAGUUUGCCAGCAUGAGCUAACAAAAGAUACUGGUUAUAUCAGACUAAGUACCCUAAAUCCCUGAGUGUAUUUAGUUGAGUAUGUGUUACUGAUCAUGAUUUUUUUGUUUGUUUGUUUGUUUGUAAGAAAAUAGUGUGUUAUUUCUUAUUUCAAAGUUAUGUUUCAAAGGAACUCUAUAUGAGAUUCAGACCAUUAAUAUAGCAGUGAACAACUAUUUGCUUGGCCUUUGUAAAGAUUAGGUGGAGUAAUGAUGUCACAUUCACACACAUUCACACACUGGUGGCCGAGGCUGCCAUACAAGGUGCC